AUGCCAAUAAAAAUCUGUUGGCCAAGUCUAGUUCUUUCAGAUGAGUUAGUAAAAUUAAAAGAUUACAAGUUCAAAAAACUUUUUGGUGUUCUAGAGAAUAAACUAAAAUUCUCAAAUAGGUGA